UUAAAGACACGGAGGAAAAUUCUGCUGGAAGAUUUCUAGAUCACAAUCAUGGCGGCUAAGUCUGAUGGAGUGCUGAAGAUUAAGAAGAGCGACGUGGCCUUCACCCCGCUGCAGAACUCGGAGCACUCCGGCUCGGUACAGGGGCUCCACCCGGGCGAACAGCACGACUCCGCCUGCACCGGGGACGGGGACUUCGUUAACGGGGAAUCGCGGUGCUGCGGCGGCGGAGGCUCUGGCUCGACGUGCCUCCGGCUGGGCAAGGAGCAGCAAAAGUACACGGUGUGGGACUGCCUGUGGAUCAUUGCCGCAGUGGCCGUGUAUCUGGCCGACGUGGGCACCGACGUGUGGCUCUCGGUGGACUACUACCUUCACCGCGACUACUGGUGGUUCGGCCUGACGCUUUUCUUCGUGGUGCUGGGCUCCUUCUCGGUCCAGCUGUUCAGCUUCAGAUGGUUCGUCCAUGACUUCGGUACCGAGGACGGAGCCGAGUCCAGCGUGGACUGCUCCCACACGGACGGGAACAAGCUGCUGAGCGGCUCGGCCUCACAUGGAGAUGUCACGGCUCAGCACCACCCGGCCACGCCGCAGAGACAGGCGUCGACCGCCAGCAAGAACACCACCUCUAACAGCACCGCGAGCGCAGUGCUGGGCGCGAGGAGCAGGAAGCGCUCGCCGUACUACUCCUUCUGCAUCUGGUUCAGCCAGUCGGUGAUCCACAUCCUGCAGCUGGGUCAGAUAUGGAGGUAUGUUCGUACCAUCUACCUGGGAAUACGGAGCCGUCAGAGCGCUGAAACAGAGCGGUGGAGGUACUACUGGAGGAUGGUGUAUGAGUUUGCAGAUGUUAGCAUGUUGCAUCUACUGGCAACCUUUCUGGAGAGUGCUCCCCAACUGGUGCUGCAGCUGUGCAUCAUCAUACAAACACACAAACUCCAGACAGUGCAAGGUAUGACAGCAGCAGCCUCUCUGGUCUCUCUAGCCUGGGCUUUGGCGUCCUACCAGAAGGCCUUGAGAGAGUCUCGGGAUGACAAGAAGCCCAUCAGCUAUCUUGCAGUCAUCAUUCAGUUCUGCUGGCAUUUCUUCACUAUAGCAGCCAGAGUCAUCACCUUUGCACUGUUUGCAUCUGUGUUCCAACUCUACUUCGGCAUCUUCAUCGUCCUGCACUGGUGUAUCAUGACCUUCUGGAUUGUCCACUGUGAGACGGACUUCUGCAUCAGCAAGUGGGAGGAGAUUGUGUUUGAUAUGGUGGUGGGCAUAAUCUACAUCUUUUCCUGGUUUAACGUCAAAGAGGGACGGACAAGGUGUCGUCUCUUCAUCUACUACCUGGUCAUCCUGGUAGAGAAUGCUGCUCUCAGUGCAUUGUGGUAUCUUUACCGAACACCUCACACCACGGACGCCUUUGCCGUCCCGGCACUCUGUGUCAUCUUCAGCAGUUUCCUCACUGGUGUGGUCUUCAUGCUAAUGUACUAUGCUUUUUUCCAUCCCAACGGACCUCGCUUCGGACGUUCACUAAGUGGCCAGGGACUAGAUCUGGACCUCACUGCUCAGUUCUCCACGCUACCUUCUGAGGGCGCUACCAACUCGCUGCGUUCCAACCGAGGUGCCACCACAACCCUGGAGCGUGACAUAGGGAAGUACUCUGAACGGGAUGGCUGCAUGCCGGUGUUUCAGGUCCGACCCACAGUGCCAUCCACGCCAUCAUCGCGUGCUCCUCGCCUGGACGAGACUGUGAUCAAAAUUGACCUUUGUCGGAACCGCUACCCAGCCUGGGAGCGCCAUGUUCUCGACCGCAGUAUACGGAAAGCGAUCCUUGCCAUAGACUGCUCAGUGACGCCUCCUCGUCUGCAGUAUAAAGACGACACUCUGGUUCAGGAGAGGCUGGAAUAUGAAACCACGCUAUAGUCCCACCCUGCAGCAUCAGAGGGGUAUCCUGCUACAACACAGAGAGCAAAAGAGAGGACAUUUUAUUUAAUUUCCCCUUUUCCUUUUUCUAUUCCCUGGAAUCGGUUUUUGCCAGGGAGCAUUCAGGACUUUUAGAAGGGAUUAAAGGAACCAUUUGGCACAAGUUCAGUUGAUGGAUUGUUUGUUGGGUCUUUACUGUUAUUUUACUUUCACUCAUCAGGGAAAUUCUUUCUGAGAUGAACCACAAACAAAACAGCGAAUUAAGAUGACACUCUUUAGAGGUUUAAAUGUUUUGAAGGGAACUUGUGCAUCAUUUUAAGAUAAAAGAUCUAAUAAUCCAAAAUGAAGCAGACAUGAAAUGUUCAGUCAUAUCUGCCUUUACUCCUGUCUGGAAGUAUGACGACAUGAUCCCACAGCAGGUGUCUACUUACAGGACAACUCCCAUCCUCUUAGUGCCAAAAAUCUUUAAUGGGAAAUGUCAUCUAUAGCAUCUGAGGAACAAGCCUCUGGUUCUGUUUGGAUUUCUCUGAUCUGCACUAAAAGACGAUCAAGAAAGUGAACUACAGGAAGACAGCAGUCUACGUAGCAUCCAUAAUCACUUGUUUUCUCUGGAUAAAAAAACCUGCCUGGAUGGAAACAAGGGACAAGUCAGAAGGGGUCACAAGCUGAUCAGACAUCAGCCAUUGGUAUUUCCCCCACAAUGAAAUAAGUCAAACACAAAGAAUGCCAAGAAAAAAAUCCCUCCAGCAGCUCAGCUAUCAGCAGAGUAGCCUCACGAACCUGCCAGAGCAGUCAUACCCAUGGUUUACGGUGGAGGAUGAGGAGCAGAAAGCAAACAAAUGAGCAACAAUGAACAUUAGUAGCAGAUUAAGAAAAAGAGAGAAAGAGAGUUAGUGAAAGAGAGCAAGAGAGAGAGAGAGGACUUCACACUAAACUGGAAUGAGGAAAAGGGAAAAACUCCAACCAGCCGCCAUCUCAGAACCAGGAUGUACAGUUCUCCACUAAACUGCUAAACAUGAUGCAGAUUUUUACAGAUAAUGUUGAAGCUACUGAUGUCUUCAUAAUGCUGUGCUUUUUGUGGUGUGUGUGUAUACAUGUUUUCUACAUGAUGUGGACGAGCACAUGGCUGCACACCAACCUAACAGGGACUUCUGUAAAUGUGGGGACAGCAGUUCGGUCCCUGUUGGCACUGAGUGGAUUUGUAUGUGUAAGACUUGGUUUUGGGGUCAGGGUUUAGAUUCAGGGUCAGGAUUAGUGUCAGUGUGUGUUUGUGUAUGUUUGUCUGGCUUUAUUGGAGAAGCACUCCCACAUCAUGAGUUUGCAUGUUGCUGAAAUCCACCAGAUAAGAUACAGAAACAAGAGUGACAAUGAAAGCUUGUUCCUGGACUAUCAAAACACCACAUUUUGUAGUAAUUACUGAAACACAGACUAUUUUAUUGUCAGCUUUUAAUCCAGAAAAAAAUUAAUUAAAUAAAUAAUAAGAAUAAAAAAAAACUAAAGUUGUUAAAUGUGAUCUACUCUAAUAGAUAAUUUCAACCCAAGUCAAGUCAAAAGAAAACCACAGUACUGUAAGCAGAGACCACAUUUAUUAAUUUAACACGCAUGAACCAUGGAGAACGUACAGACAAACAGACCUGGACAAUGCUACAUGCAGGAAAUCUUCCUGUCAGAUAAAUUCUCAGAGCUGGAAAUACUCCAGCGUGGCUUGUACAGGAGGUAGGAUAUGGUGCAAGACUGCUGAAAUCCUAGUGUACUGUUUACAGCAUGUCAGGGUGGUGUGUGUGUAUGUGACCUGUAAUGAUGACUGUUUUUGUGCUGAUAUCAAUACACUGUAUUUGGACAUACCUGCAAUAGCAACAAAAUAGAGGAAAGCAAUAAUCAGGCAGGACAAACAGGAAUGCAAAAAGGAAAACAUCAUCAGCAUGCACAUGUGAAUUUCCUGGAAUUAUUUCCUCCUUUCACACAUUUAGACAUUUUAUGACUUUAUUCAACAGAGUUCAUAGGAUAAAUUUCACAAACGCAAAGUUUAGAUAUAAAAAACAAAGUCCAGAAGAUAUUUAGAUUUUCUUACUAAUGAAACAAGAGAUGGAACAGGUACAGAGACUUGCAGUGGGGAGUCUGCAUUUUCUACAUUUUCCCAUGGAAGAAAGCCUCAAUCAGAAGAAAUCAUUUAAAAUGAAGCAGGAAUGUUUUUUAUUAUUAUUAUAAUUCCAGGUCUCCUUCAUUUUAAAAAAGAAAGCUAACUGCUCAAAGAAAUCCAAACUCAAGUAGUUCUGCUCACUCUGCUUCUGAAAUUCCACAGACAUACUGUACAUACUGUUUUGUGUAUAUGUGGUUAAACCAGCUGCAAAUACAUGCAGUCUGUUAAGAUUAGAAACAUUCUAUAAAUUCAUUAAUUUAAACUCACUGUAUAUAAUUUGGUACUUACAAACAGUCCCUAGGUUUACCUUGGUUAUGUCAGGGGGAGAGACGAUCAAGACCUAGGAUUUAUCUUGGAAUCAUUAAAACUAUUUUUAUGGAAAACACUCUUGUUCAUAAGGAGACACCCUCAUAAUGAGUCAAUAUUCAUUUUUGACCCACAGCUAUUUGUAAGAACAGAAUGGAAAACAGGUUUAUUCUAACUUAUAAUGGACAGACAGGAAAUCUUGCAGGAAAACCAAACCACAAAGAUCUGAACUUUCUGUCUGGGUAAAAGUUUUUCCUUCAUUUGUGUUCAUACUUAUUUUACAUAUAAGUAUUAAAACACAGGUAAAGCACAGCCAGCUUCCUGUUUAUCCUAAACUUCCAAAACAUCGAACUAAAAUUCCAACAAGUUGGGACUGGAACUUUUUGGGAAUUCAAUUCAUUCUAUUUUUAAUUUACAUUAACAGUGUCACAACUUCUCUGGAACUGGGAUUGUACAGAAAUAUAUCCAGUGGAACUAACUACAUUGCAACAACAACAAAACAAAUCUUUCCGUCUACAGUUUGAAUCUAAACUUUGUCCCAAACAAAUGCAGUCACUAUAAAAUGUGGAGACACUCCCAUGUUUGUUUCUGACUACUCAGGUUUUUAUUUUGUUUAACAUUAGCUGUUAAUCAGGAUUUUCCCAUUUUCCUAACCCAUUAAGCUUGAUUCAAAUAAACUUUGAAACCAAUUAAAUAGUCUGGGUCACCAAGUGAGGGUGAGUUCUGUCCAAAUGAAUCAAAACUGUAAGUUAAAGAGUGAAGGACAGUUUCAGUGUGUCAGUGAGCGAAUCUGGUCUCCCAGAUGUAUUAAUCUUUUAAUUAUUGAUCUAAAGUUGACAUAAACAUGACUGUAUAGUUAUAGUCAGAUUAUAUAUAUAGUUAAAAUCAGAUUAUAUGGUUGUAGUCUUACUAUAAAAGUAUAAUCAGACAAUAUAAUUAUAAUCAGCCUAUAAAGCUGUAGUCCAACUACAAAGGUUUAGUCAAACUAUAUAGCUGUAGUCUGACUAUAUAUUUAUAGUCAAACUCUAUAGCUUUACACAGACUAUGAAGUCAGAUAUAAUUGUAGUCCAACUAGAGUUAUUGUCAAACUAGAUAGUCAUAGACUAUGUAGUUAUAGCAAGACUAUUUAGCUGUAGUCUGACUAUAAAGGUAUAUUAAGACUAUAUAGUUAUAGUAAGACUAUACCAGUUGUAGUCCAACUAUACCAAA